AUGUCGCGCUACUGCCGGCCCAAGUACAAGAGCGGCGACCUGGUGUUCGCCAAGCUGAAGGGCUACGCCCACUGGCCCGCCAGGAUCGAGCACAUGGCCGAGCCUAACCGGUACCAGGUGUUCUUCUUCGGCACCCACGAGACGGCCUUCCUGGGCCCCAAGCACCUGUUCCCGUACGAGGAGUCCAAGGAGAAGUUCGCCAAGCCCAACAAGAGGAGGGGCUUCAGCGCGGGGCUGUGGGAGAUCGAGAACAACCCCACCGUCCAGGCCGCCGACUACCAGCUGGCCCGGGGGCAGGCCGGCGCCGACUGGCCCGGGCCGCAGCCGGAGGUCGGCGCGGACGCCACCGCAGGCCGCGGCGACCCGCAGGGGAAGGCGGGCGGCGACGCGCAGGCCGAGCAGGCCGCGGAGCAGGGGGCGCCCAAGAGGAGCGCGGGGGAGCUGCCGGAGGGCUCCCCCAAACGUCCCCGAGAGGCCGAGCCCCGGGAGGCCGAGCCGGAAGGGGAGCAGCCGCCGCCGCCGCCGGAGGAGGAGGAGGAGGAGGCCGAGGCCGCCGGAGAAGCCGCGCCGCCGCCCCUCGUGGAGCUGGAGAUCGGCGGCGCCACCGCCCCCGAGCCGGGCCCGGCCCAGGCACCGCCCGCGGAGGGGCCCGAGCAGCCGGGAGAGGCCGCGGCCGCGGAGGCGCAGGCCCCGGGCGUCGCAGAGCGCGAGAGCCUGUAG